AUGCCGUCGGCCUUCGCCACAGGGACGCGCCGCUGUCACGCUGCCACCUUCCUGUCCUCCGGGGCCUUUUCGGCAAAGCUGCCUUCUAGGCAGCGGCCCCAGGCUGCCCUGUGGCAGAGGAUUGCUCUGUCCCAGAAGCUCGACUUUGCGUUUGCAUUUGAACUCCAUCAUGUUCUUGCCAUCCUGCGUCUCAGGCCUGUCAAGGCACCUUUGAGGAGUAGCUCUGCCCGUCAGCUUGUGGACUGCUCCCUCCACCGCUCGCUGACCGUGGGAGCCGGCAAGGUCGGUCGAGCACGAUUUGCCAUUGGCCGUGACGUGCCCAUCUCUAACGGCUCGGGUUUCCUGGUGUCCCCGGACGGGCUCAUCGUGACCAACGCGCACGUGGUGGCGAACCGGCGGCGCGUGCGGGUGAAGCUGGCCAGCGGCCUGCCUGCCCUCCACCAGCAUCCCUUUUCAGGCCGUGACGUGCCCAUCUCUAACGGCUCGGGUUUCCUGGUGUCCCCGGACGGGCUCAUCGUGACCAACGCGCACGGGGUGGCGAACCGGCGGCGCGUGCGGGUGAAGCUGGCCAGCGGCGAGCAGUACGACGCUGUGGUGCAGGACGUGGACCAGGUUGCAGACAUCGCCACCAUCAAGAUCAAGCCCAAGCACCCGCUGCCCACCCUGCCCCUCGGGCGCUCCUCUGAGGUGCGGCAGGGGGAGUUCGUGGUGGCCAUGGGCAGCCCCUUCGCCCUGCAGAACACCAUCACCUCCGGCAUCGUCAGCUCUGCCCAGCGGGGCAGCCGGGAGCUGGGCCUGGCCACCUCAGACAUGGAGUACAUCCAGACCGACGCUGCUAUCGACUUCGGGAACUCUGGGGGCCCCCUCGUCAACUUGGAUGGCGAAGUGAUCGGGGUGAACACCAUGAAGGUGACAUCGGGCAUCUCUUUUGCCAUCCCCUCGGACCGGCUGCGGAAGUUCCUGCAAAAGGAGGAGCAGCGCAAAAGCUCUUGGUUUGGCAAUGCCGAGACAAAGCGCCGUUACAUCGGGGUCAUGAUGCUGACUCUUACACCAAG